UUUAUAGCCCAGGGUUUCUAGUUUCCUCCACUAAAAAACCCAUUUCACUUAACUCCAUUGGGCUUCAUUUCGGCCCAUAAAAAAGGCCCAAUAAUGAAAAUUCCUCCUGAGCGGGAAUUUGAAAUUUCAAUAGAGUAACGCGAGUGUGUGUGUAGUGUGUGUAGUGUGUGUGGUGUGAGAGGAAGGAGAAUGGAAAUGGAGGAAACAGUAUCGCGCGUAGUCUCUGAGUUAGAGGAGCACCGUGGAAACCCUCAACCACCACCUCUCUCCGAACAAAUCCUAACGGAUCUUCAACUUCUCCUCCGGCACUCUCUCUCGGAGUCCCUAUACGAUGAACUCUCAUCGAAAAACCUCUCUCCCUCCUCUCUCAACCCUCCCAUCGCUUCCGCCAUGGACUCUUCCCCACCGCACCACUCUCUCCUCGCUUCCGACGUCUUCCUCUCCCUCCUCCUCUCCCCAAACGCCCCCGUUUUCACCCUCUUCACCCCAAUCUCCUUCCUCUCCUUCCUCCGCUCCCUGCGUCGCUCCUGCAAGGCCCACUCCCACUCCGGCCCGGCCCAACACGCCCCCCAGCCCCGCAAACGAAAGCGCGCGGGCCGGCCCCGCGCCAGGAAUCCCCAAAACGACGACGAUUCGCCCGACGCGGGCCCCCAACAGCACGACCCUGGGCUCCUCCUUCGCGUGCUGGAGAAGCUGGUUCGCGUCAUGGACCUAAUCCACCUCGAUCGCUUCCCCGAGACUCUCAAGUCGUUGAUCCAAACCGUGGCGGAAAUCCCCGUGACGGCGCAAGACACGUGCGGGAGCGCGGCGCAGUAUAGCAACCUGCUUGGACUCUGCUCGCGCGUUCUGAACGCGGUUCUCGAACCGGAGCACGGUGAGCCUUCCGACACUGCCGCGGAGGUGCUGAAGUCUCUGUGUUCGCUCGUUCUCAUGGCGAAGUCGCAGGCGAGGACCUUCGCUCUUGGGUUCGUUACCAGCCUUGGUGGCAAGCGCGACGGGGUGAAGAAGGCGCUGGUUAAUUUUCCGCGGUAUUUGGCGGUGAAGGCGCCGGAGAAGGCCGAGCCGAGAGCUUUGGCGGUGGACUCCAUCAUGGAGGUUGUUAGAGUGGUGGAGGAUGAGGAGCAAAUCGCGUUCGUGAAGUACGUGGUGCAGAUGGCUCAGGGGAAGUCGAGUCUUCGGCUUUUGGCGGUUGAUUUGAUUUUGAAUUUGGUGAUGUCGUUGAAGAAUCCGUUGGGCGUGGAAUCGUUGGAUUCGGAGAGUGGUUUGAGUGAGGUGUGGGGAGUGUGGUGCUUGGAGGCGUUGGUGAAGCGGUGUUCGGAUGUGAGUGGUGCGAUUAGGGCGCGGGCUUUGUCGACUUUGGCGCAGCUUGUGGGGUUCCUUGGUCGUGGUGAGAGGACUAGUGUGGUUUUGAGGGAGUUUAUGGGGUUUGGAAAGGGUGGUGAUGGGAAUGUUGAAGGUGGGAUGAAUGAUAUGCUGAGGAAGAGGUGUAUGGAUGAUAAGGCUGCUGUAAGGAAAGCCGCAUUGCUUCUGGUUACUAACUUGACUUCUCUUCUUGGAGGGGCGAUUGAUGAAGUGGUGCUCAAGACUAUGGGCCUCGCUUGUUCUGAUCCACUCAUCAGCAUGCGGAAAGCGGCAAUUGCAGCUCUAUCAGAGGCUUUCAGAACAUUUUCUUCUGAAACAGUAAUAACUGAGUGGCUACAUUCGGUUCCACGUCUAAUAAUUGACAAUGAAUCAAGCAUCCAAGAAGAAUGUGAGAACAUGUUUCAAGAACUUGUUUUGGACCGGAUAUCUAUAGCUGCAUCUGCUACCUCUUCAUAUAGUGAAUUUUCCUCUAAUAGAAAGAUGAAAGGAAAAGGUAUAGACAAUGAGAUGGAGAUGCUUUUUCCUAACGGAAUUUUGUAUCUUCUGAGAGAAAUUUGCAAUGGAGAGGUGAGCCCUUGGGUGAAGAAAAUUUGCACAAAUUUGGGCAAAAAGAAGCGGAUGAAUCACAAAAUUGUUAGUGCACUUCAAAAUAUAAUCGGGGCAUCGGAGUCUAUCUGGCUGAGACACUCCAUGCCUAUAGAAAAGUGGACUGCUCCACCAGGUGCUUGGUUUCUUUUGUCAGAGGUGUCAACAUUCCUUUCAAAAGCUAUAGACUGGGAGUUUCUUCAUCAUCAUUGGCAGCUUCUUGACAAACAUGAAGUGGAGGGUGAGUUCAAAAGCCCAUUUGUACAAAAGAAUGCCUUUGCAGAGGAAGAAAGCAUUGAAUGCAAUUCUGUUGCCUGGGCAAGUGACCGAGUUUUCCUCUUGCAAACGAUUUCUAAUGUUUCUGUUGAGCUGCCCCCUGAACCUGCAGCUGAUUUGGCUCAUAACUUGCUCAAACGGGUAGAACAAUUCAACAUGCAUUCGACCGAGGUUGACGCUCAUUUAAAAGCACUAAAAACAUUGUGCAAGCGGAAAGCUUCAAAUCUCGAACAGGCAGAAGCAUUAGUCUUGAAAUGGGUCCAACAAGUUCUCUCCAGGGCUUCUGAUAUAAUAGAAAAGUUCAUUUCAGAGAAUUCAGAGCAAAAUGCACAAGGUAGCUUCUUCACUCCUCCUAGAAGUGGGACUAGGAAAGGCAAGAAAUCGGCAGCAAUGUCCAAGUCAUUGUCUAAAGCAGUUACAGCGAUUUAUACUGUCGGGACUUUAGUUAUUGUUUGCCCAUCUGCUGAUAUGAGCAAUAUAGUUCCUCUAUUGCAUACUAUCAUCACUUCUGGGAGUUCUGGUCCCAAAUUAAAUAAACUACCUGGCCCUGCAACUUCUUUGCAACAGGAAGCUCCUUCUUUUUAUAUUCAAGGGUGGCUUGCCAUGGGCAAGCUUUGCCUAGCUGAUGGGAAGCUAGCUAAGAAUUAUAUUCCUCUGUUUGUACAGGAGCUUGAAAAGAGCGAAUCCGCAGCUCUUCGCAAUAACAUUGUGGUCAUGAUGGCAGAUUUUUGUGUCCGCUACACUGCUCUUGUUGACUGUUACAUUGCGAAGAUCACAAGGUGUCUGUUAGAUCCUUGUGAACUUGUGAGAAGGCAAACUUUCAUAUUGCUAUCCAGAUUGUUGCAGAGGGACUACGUGAAAUGGAGAGGAGUGCUAUUUCUACGGUUCCUUUUGUCACUUGUUGACGAAUCAGAAAAGAUUAGGCAGCUUGCAGAUUUUCUCUUUGGAAAUAUUUUGAAAGUCAAGUCCCCCCUUUUAGCAUAUAAUAGUUUUGUUGAGGCUGUUUUUGUUCUGAAUAACUGUCAUGUCCAUAAUGGACAUCGUGAGUCCCAGGGGUCACAAACGGAAAGGCAACUUUUUUCUGUCAGGGGUACUGAUGAAAAGUCAAGGUCUAAAAGAAUGCACAUUUAUAUUUCUUUACUAAAACAAAUGGCUCCAGAGCAUCUUCUAGCAACCUUUGCCAAGUUAUGUGCGGAAAUUCUAGCUGCAGCUUCUGAUGGUUUGCUAAAUAUAGAAGAUGCAACUGGACAGUCUGUUCUUCAGGAUGCUUUUCAAAUUCUGGGCUGUAAAGAGAUACGCAUCCCAUCCACUCGUGCAUCAUCUGAUUCAGCAGAUGUUGAGGAAGAAGGGGGAGAAAAUGGAUCUGCAGCUAGAGGAAAGGCUAUAACUCAGGCUGUCAAGAAGGGCCUUAUCCAAAAUACAGUCCCCAUCUUCAUCGAGUUGAAACGUCUAUUGGAAACCAAGAAUAGUCCCCUCAUAGGUUCUCUCAUGGAGUGCCUCCGCGUCAUUCUAAAGGACUACAAGAAUGAGAUUGAUGACAUAUUGGUUGCUGAUAAGCAACUGCAGAAAGAGCUUAUUUAUGAUAUUCAAAAGUAUGAGGCAGCUAAAGCCAAAGCUACAGUUGCUGAGGCUGAGGGCACCAAGCCAAAAUCAGGUUCAAAUCAAUCACCUGAUGUUUCUAAGAACCUGACCAAGACACAAGGACAAACAGUUGGACAAAGUAAGAACAAUAACAAGCUUCCAAGUGAUUCAAGAGUUGCUUCAGCAAUGGCAGAUGCAGCAGCUGCAGCGACAGCUCGUUCUGUGCUUAGGGAAAUAAACAAGGGGACGGGUACACCAACACUUGGCUCUCUGAAUGUUCCUAAAGUCAAGUCUUGUACUGGUACGGGCAAUUCCAAGCAUGUUAAGCGUGUGGAUGUCAUACAAUCUGUAAUGAAAAGACAGUCUUUCGAUUCUGAUGAAGAGAACUAACAUCAAAAUGUAUUUUGAAUUUUAGAUUUCCUUCUAUUGUAUAUUUUUGGUUUAAUGAGAUUUGUAAA